AUGUCUAGGCUACCAAUCAAUGUUUUUAUUUUAGGUUUAACUAUAACCACAUUUUCAAGAUUGGUUACUUGUGAGGCUGAAAAUGGAGUGGCAAUAAAAAACAAGUACACAAGUUUGGUGUUGAGCAGUCAAAAUGACGAAGUUACAACCACUUUUUUUGACGAUGAGGAUGGUACUAUGGUAUGGAAUAUCACCCCAGCGAAAAAUGAUUCUGAUAUUUACUUUAUUGUAAAUGAAGGAAAUGGUAAAGUGCUGGAAGCUAGAACGCCAACUCUUCCGGUAAUGGCCAAUAAAAGCAAUAACGACCACCAAAAAUGGAAACUAGACAACAAAGGAAAAAUAACCUCUGUAGCCUAUCCUGAUAGAUUUUUGACCUAUGACGAGAAUCUGAACGCAGUUUUAAAUAAUACUCUAGACACAUUAGAAGCGGAUCAGUGGUUAUUCCAAAAACCGCAAGAAGACCCUUUAGGAAGACAUUUAUGGUGA